UCUAUUUGGAUGAUCUUUGUAAAUAAUUUUUCUUGGGAAUUUUGGUAAUUUUUUUCUUUUUACAUAUUUGGUUAUCAAUUGUGACUCAGCAGUCGGAAAUUCCUGGGUCCGCCACUGUCCGAGUAGUGGCCAAACUCAUUGGUGAAGCCACUCAUUCCAAGGGAAUAAAUUGGACCGCUAAUUGGAAUUAUAGGCUUAGGAUCUAUCAAGUCCGCUAGCAACUUAGGUAUGAAGGAGUCACUCCUUCAAAUUCAAUCAUCGGGUCAUCAAUCUCUAGUUGGCGAAUUGCGGCUUGAACCUUUGGCAAACCAACAACAUCUGCAGUGUUAGGGAGGUGAGCUGGGAAUAUUUCCCCAGCCUCAUUCACCAUCAUCAUUUUGUUCAUCUUGUGUUACUCCUCCAAUGGCUUAGGGGUUAUUUUCCUUAAAACAUCAUACUCGACGACAUUUGUUGUAAGCCUACCAUUAUUACUAUAGAAAUAAAACAUAAUCAUUGAAGUUCAUUUCAGGUUCACGAACCUUGGGGUAGUCGAAACAGUGUUUGGUGUUUUCGUUUUGUGGUGCUAGGUAGAAACUAAGAGGAUUUUCCAUGGCUCUUUUAGGUGGAAGUGGAAGAUGGAAAGUUUUGACAAUGGGAUGUGUUUCUGUUGCUUUGUUGGUUAAUGUUGAGUACCUAUGGGCCAAGCAUGUGAAGACAAAAUUAAAAGGACAAACUUAUGAUAUCAAUUUAUUUUAAAGUUGUUAUAUAGGUAUUAAAAUAACGUAUCAUAUCAUAACUUUUACAAAAAAAAUUCAUUAACAUUUAAUUAAAUUUAAAUAAAGUCAAAUCAUUAUAAUUUAACGUUACGUUAGUAUUGAUUUAGUUAACUUACAUAAUAUUAGUAUUGAUUGAGUUAAAUCAUUAAUUUAGUUAAAUCAGCGUAUUGUGUAUUAAUAAUACCUCAUUGGUGGUACUUAAAUAUUAUUUCCUUCUAAACCAUUGAUCUAAUUCAUUGAUUAUUGAGAAUUGAUGGCAAAUACGUAUUGAUUGAGGUAAUUCAUUGAUCGAGUUACAUCAUCCUUGGUAACCAUUGAUCUAAACCAUUGAUCUAAUUCAUUCUUAAGUCAAUCACAUCGCUCCUUUGUUCUCAUUCAUUAAAGUUAAUUUAGUUCAUUUAAUUUAAGAUUGUUCUAGGUAAUUUAAGUUGAACCAUGGUAUUUCUCAUUGACUUCUUGUACUUAGGUUAAGGUUGAACUAAUGUCAAAUACGUGUUGAUUAUUGAGAACUACUAUCUAAGUCAUUUAACUUCAUUGAUUGUGUUCGAAUCAUUGAUUGAGUUAACUUACAUAACGUUAGUAUUGAUUGUGUAUGAAUCAUUGAUUGGGUUAAAUAAUUGAUUGUGUAUGAAUCAUUGAUCGAAUUAAAUAAUUGGUUGUGUAUGAAUCAUUGAUCGAAUUAAACGAUUGGUUGUUUAUGAAUCAUUGAUCUGGUAAAAUCAGCAUAUUGUGUACUAAUAAUACCUCCUUGGUAACCAUUGAUCUAAACCAUUGAUUAUUGACAACUGAUGGCAAAUACGUGUUGAUUAUUGAGAACUAAUGGCAAAUACGUGUUGAUUAUUCGAUUUAGUUAAAACAUUGAUCAUGUAGUACAUGGUUAAUCUUAAUUGAUGUACCACAUAGGGAUUAGAUUGUUAUUUAUUCGAUUAAUGACUUUGUUUUAGUUAUGUUUAAUUUUUUUUUUGACACGCAUCUCCAACAAAAGUAAAAUGAGUUUGCCACUUAUUUAUCUUUUACUCUUUUUUUUUUUCAUUUUUGAGAAAACUUUUACUGUUAAUUCGAACAAGUGUAUUUUUCUUACACUUCCAAAUUAUAUCUUGUACUUUACUAUUUUAAGACCUUAAAAACACUUAUUUAAGUAUGUAACAAUUCAUAGUCAUUUUUUUUUUCUUUUAUUUUAUUUUUGAGAAAGAAUCUUUUACUGUUAACUUAAAUUGACUUAAGUAUUGUCACUAAUCUUCAUAUCAUGAUGAUAUGUUAAAUGAUAUAUUGAAUGAAAUAUUUUGCUAUAACUUUGUUCAUUAAAUUUUCAUUUAUCGAAUAUUUGGUUCCUUGAGUAAAGGGCAAAAUUUAGGUGUACUUGAGGUUUAGUGGGAAAGAAAAAUUGCAAUAUAUGCGUUCUACAUCUGAUUUCUCAUAAAGUGUAAGUGAUAUUUCAUAAAGUGAACUUGAAAUCAGCAAACCAAUUUUUUACCGUGGUGAAACAUUGUUACUGAAUAAUCUUUUCCAAUGUAUUCAUGUGUAGUACAUAUCAAUUCACAAAAAAGGGAAAAGUUAUUAGGGAAAAGUUGAGUAUACCCAAGCCUACAUAUACGUAUCAAUAAAUAGCUUUGGUUUUUCGGUUUCGUGAUGUUGUCCUAUUUUCUGAGUAAAAGGAACUACGAAGGCACUUUCAUCUCAUGAAUUUAGGGGAUUUGGUGAGAUAUGAUUUGUAAGAAAGUGGAUAUAUGGACAAAUAAGUCAGAAGCCAUCAGAACAAACAAAAGUAACCUCUUGUAUCCCUUGGCAAAUAUUCGAGUUUAUGAUCGUGUUUGGUGAACGUAGAAGUUCUUUUUUGUGCGCUAAUCAUGAGAUAUUCAAAUUGCCGUCAAACUUUGUAUUAAUCAACAAUCAUAUGCAAAUUUAUGGAUGACUGGUAUGUCUUUCAAUUUUUCAUUUAUAUUUUAUUAAUUCAACAAAGGCACUUUCAUCUCAUUAAUUUAGGGGAUUUGGUGAGAUAUGAUUUGUAUGAAAGUGGAUAUGGACAAAUCAGUCAAAAGAGAUAAAAACAAACGACAGUAACCUCCUGUAUCCCUUGGGUAAUAACCAUAAAAAAUUAUCACGUAAAUAGGUCACUGCUUUUUUAAUGCCUAAAAUUGCAGGUCUCCACAUGAGUGUAACUAAUGGGCCGGCCCAUUCCACGAAGUGUUCAACGAGUGAGUCUUCCAACCCCAAAAUAUCACAUACGUAAACAUGUGUGUAACUAAUGGGCCUGCUCAUUCCACGAAGUGUUCAACGAGUGAGUCUUCCAAUGUAGAGGGGUUAUACUUAUAAUCCCACAAGUACUUUGUUAUAUAAAAGAAGCCACUAAUAUCACAUGUAUCACUCUCUUCUUUCUUGAACCAUAAACCCUAUCUUAAAACCCUCUGCUAGAAUGAGUGAGUCUUCCAGCCCCAUAAUUUCCCAUAUACCACCAGCCUAUGCCCGACGUAGUGUGUUUUCUACGUUGGUGGCUGGUAAGUCAUUGUCUCGGAAAAAAGGCUAAAGUCAUGACAAAUGAGCAUGAUGUUCCGGUGGUUUUGGAAGAUGCAAUCAUCGACCUUACUGAUGUCGAAGAGCCUCCUCAAGGUGACAAAAAGGCCGGUAAAUCCAAGGUGAUAGAUGUCCUCGAUGAUGACGACGUGGAAGAGGCAAUAGUGGCCGGAGAAGACCAGGCUGAAACUCAGGCUCUUUACCCAAACCCUAGUUCCCUUUUCCCGAAGGUAACAUUCACGGUAAGGAGCCUCACUGAAAAUGAUCCAGGAGUUAAGUUUAGCCUUAGGGUUAAUGAAAGUUUCGAGCAGGUUUACUACAAGUAUGCUGCUAGGGUGGACUGCUUGCCAGAUGAUAUUACUAUUAAGAAGGUUGGUGCUAUAAUUGUUGGUAGUGAGACACCGGAACGGGCUGGGAUUCACACUGGAGCCAAGUUGUUCGUUGUCGGACGUGUAAGUAGAAAUACGUACAGUGAAGAUCAUGGUUUCAUAUUUAAUGAUGAGGAUAAUAUGGACGUUCGUACAAAAGUCAUCUACCUUCGAAAGGUCCGAACCCGUCCAAUGUAUAAGAAGGUAAUAAUCUGGGUGGAUGCGUAUCUUGAGAAGCUAUUUCAAAUCUGGAGUGAGGAAGGCGAUGUGAACCGUGACUACAUAACAAUGAUCCAUGAAAACAGGGAGGUUACUCCAAUUCAUACCGUUUGAGAUGCGGGUAUUAGGAUGGCCACGAAGUGUUUUGUUUCCCCAAAAUCUUAUCUGUGACCGAAAAGGGAGUAAGAGAGAUUGUUUUUGUCCUUGUCAAGACAAAUGAAUUGAUAUUGACAAUGAACUUCCAGAUUGUUGUGAUAUAGUAGGUACUUUAGGCUUCCCAUAUGCUUUCGAUUAGUUGAUCUAGAGGAUAACAAUUUAUUUUGUAGGACUUUAAAUACCCAGUUCAAGUGGGCAUGAUGAUCAACUUUAAUGAAUCUUGUAAUAUAUUUGGUUGUUGGAAUGAAUGUUGUGAUAUAUUUGGUUGUUGGGAAUGAAAUGUUAUCUUUCAUGUCUAAUCAUAAUAUUUGGUGAUUGUUAAACGAAAAUAAUAUGAAGAUUAAAUUAUAUUCUUUAUAUAAGAAUAUGAUUCAUAAUUAAGGUACUUGUAUGAUAAUAUUAUUGAUAAUAAAAUAAAUUAAUGAUAAUACUAGGCCAUAUUAAUCUAAAGUUAAUCUAAAGUAACAGUAACUCUUGAACACCCUUGAAAUGGAUAGUGCUUUAAGAUAUAAAGAAUAUCUGUAAUUAAAAAGUUGCUUAAAAUAAGCUAAUUUUGCAGUUGGCACUCUUGGGUGCAUGUUGAAGCUGUUAUUUAUUUAUUUAUUUAUUUAUAUAUUUAUUUGUCAUAUUAUUUUGGUCUCUUUUUUUUAUUAUUUUCCUUGUACCUAUUGUUUGUAUAAAAAUGAAGUCCUCUCUAUACCUUACGCAAAAGCAAAGUGAUACUUUUUUCUACAAUAUGAAUCAGUCACACAUCUUUGUAUACAUCUAGGAUAUGUAUUGUAGGUUUUUUUAGUUUCCACGUCAAUACAUUUAUACAUUUUUCUUGCUUUUAUGAGUAUUUAGAAGUGUUGGUGCUAUGAGACGAAGAUCCUGCUGACAUGCCUCCAAUGGUUUUUGGUUUUAGGUUUCAUUUUGGACCACCAGAGGUUGAAAUGUGGCCCAAAAUGAUGUUGAACAUGGUUAAGUUUACCAAGGAUUUGAACUUUUAAACCAAUUUUAAAACAAAACAUGAAUAUAAAUGACCCAAAACCAAAUUUAAACAUCAAAAGACCCAACUAUUGUGUACAUUACCUUAAUGUAAAUGAAAUAAUUUCUCAAUAUAUUUAUUAAGUACUUCCAAAUAAAUAGGAAAAUUCUAUAAAUAAGAAAUUAUUUCCGGCACUACUCGUUUCUUCGACAGUUGAUAGGUCCUAUUUUUCACAUGUUUUAGGUGGGUAUCUAAGCUCAUUUGAUUACAAAAUUAGAGAACUUUGGUGCAUAUUUGCAUUAUUUGCUUAAG